AUUAAAGGAGAAGUAAAACAGUUUAUUUAAUUCAAGCCUCUCAUUAUAAUGUAUGUAAAUAACAAAUAAUAUGUAUUUGAUUUGGAUUAGAAUGUUUAGGUAGAACCUAUAGAUGACAAAGGAUUAAAUAAGAGAAAGAUAAUUACAAGACAAUGGAUGAAUACUCAUUAAUUGUAGGAAUUUUGUAAGAUAAGAAAAUAAUAGGAAUUAACUUAUAUUAGAGAAAGAAAGGCUUUGGAAGAAUAUAUGAAAUUAAAUUAGAAUCGUAAGAAAAUAAGUGGAUCUAAGAAGGUCAAUAGAUUAGUAGAUUUGGGAAUAUCUCCUGAUCAAGAGAAAUAAGAGAGGAAAUAAUAAAAAUUAUAAUAAUAACAUUAAUAGUAAUAGCAACCAAAACCAAAAGAUGAAUGUUUUAAAAUGAUAGAACAUUAAAAAUAGCCAGAUCCAAAAUAAUUGGAGGAAUGGAAUUUACUUAUUGAAAAAAUGAAAGAAGAGAAUGCUGAAAAUAAUGCAUGA